CUUUUUCUUUUAAAUCACUUCUAUUUCCAAUUGCUAAAUCACUUCUAUAUCGACAUUCGCCGGCCGACCGACCGACCGCCAAGUCGCCAACGCUUGGACGCCUGCCGGCUGCCGCCCUUCCCCUUAUCGCCUUAUCGGCUUCUCACUCCAGCAGUCCUCACUCCUCUGCCUUCCGGUCCGGCGGUGCCGCGGCGCGCUUCCGGCCCUAGUGCAUACUGGGCUUCAGCCGUUCAACGAUUCGGCCCUUGCCAUUUUCACCUUCAGCCUUCAGGUGGUGGAAGAUAAAUUGAUAAAUGUUGGUCAAGUGAAGUGAAUAAGAAGAUGGGUCGGGGUAUCUCAGCUAUAUUUCGCACACGCUACCUUCUCAUCAUUCUUCUCGCGUUCGUUCUCAUAUAUUUCGCUUGCACUUCCUCUCUCCAGUGGCGAGAAAACGUGGAAGAGGUGUUUGAGAUCACCCAUAGAGUAUUUUUGGAUGUUGAUAUAGAUAAGCAACGUAUAGGAAGAAUUGUUAUUGGCUUAUAUGGCAAAGUUGUACCAAAAACAGCUGAGAAUUUCAGGGCUUUGUGCACUGGGGAGAUGGGGAAGACUGCAAAUGGAAUCACCCUUCACUAUAAGGGAACACCAUUUCACCGCAUAAUACCUGGGUUCAUGAUUCAAGGUGGCGAUAUUGCAUACGGUGAUGGAAGGGGAAAUGAGUCCAUUUAUGGCGGAAGCUUUCCUGAUGAAAAUUUAAAGAUUAGGCAUUCUCAUCCAGGUGUUGUUUCUAUGGUGAACUUUGGUCGUGAUUCUAAUGGCUGCCAGUUUUUCAUAACAACAGUCAAGGCAAGCUGGUUGGAUGGGGAGCAUGUUGUGUUUGGGAAAGUGAUGGAAGGGAUGGACACGGUAUAUGCAGUUGAAGGGGGAGCAGGAACCUACAGUGGCAAACCCAGGAAGAAGGUCACAAUCUCGGACUCUGGAGAGAUACCUAAGAGCCAGUGGGAUACUAAUGAGGAAACUCAGCAGAGUUCAAUAUCAUAAAUGGAUUUUUGUGCCUCUUUUAACACUGCUUCACUAGCUAGUUUAUGAUGUAACCUUCAUCUGCCUUGUGUGAGGUUUUUGUUCUUGUACUCCUCCACAGAUUGAUUAUGUGAAUGUGUGUCUAGUAUAUGACAUCACACAUCCAUUAUUGGUUGAAAACUUCACAAAUUUCACUUGAAUGAAUGAUUUUGUAGAGAAGUAUAGACCAAAUGCACGAUGAGUGAAUCUCCU